GAGAGUCGGUCGUUUUUUUCACGUGGAAGUAAAAAAAUCGUUCCAAGCUGCGCGCGCUCCAUACUGCGACCAAUACAGGUGUAUCUGUGUGAGCGUUGGUAACAGCCAGCACCUGAGUAUAGCCAUGAUGCACAUAUUAAAAUAUCGCGACAAGUUAAGUUGGCUUGUGGCCCUUCUCAUUUUAAUUUGCAUCUGUCUUGGCCAAUUUGCUGAGGCUCAAACUAGGGACCCCAGAUUUUAUUCACGUCCCGGCGUUGACUAUCAUUGGCCCAAUCCAGGCGAUCCAGACUACAGAACUUACACGUUCAACGAUCGACGAUAUGGUCAUUAUCAGCCAAAUGGUUUCGGUGCCAACUAUCCGGGAAGAAAUCCACCCGGACAAUAUCCGCAGGGUAUGCCGAACGAGGAUCGUUUUCGAUUUGAUCCGAACGACCCCAAUGCACGGACCCAGUUCCCGGGAGUUUUGGCCGGUUGGCGCGAGGAUCUGCAAGGCAAACAGCGACGCGACUCGUUGACUCUGGAACGAGAUGUAUUUGUAACCACCAACUAUGGUCAGGUGCAGGGCUUCAAGGUGUACAUGUAUGACAAUCCUGAUCCUAAGUCCUUCUACCGUCCCUAUCACUCCACGGUGGACCGUGUGAUGGGCGAGUGUUCCGCCUUCCUGGGCAUACCCUAUGCCCUGCCGCCCACUUUUGAGGGUCGGUUCAAGCCACCCCGCAUUCAUCGUGGUUGGCAACUCCUCCAGGCAGUGGAUUUUGGACCCGCCUGUCCCCAGCCCGUGCGAUAUACGGGAGCCACCAAGGGAGUGAUGGACAUGGACGAAGAUUGCCUCUACUUGAACGUGUAUUCACCCAAGACUGGAGCUGGCGUGGCCCAAAAAUACCCAGUGAUGGUGUAUAUUCAUGGCGGCGAGUUCAUCCGCGGAGCUUCUAACCUGUUCCAAGGCCACGUUUUGGCCUCCUUCUACGAUGUUGUAGUGGUCACACUGAAUUACCGCCUGGGUGCCUUGGGAUUCCUCUCCACGGGAGAUGAGAACUCGCCCGGAAACUACGGGAUCCUAGAUCAGGCAAUGGCCCUGCGUUGGGUCCACGACAACAUCGAGUUCUUUAACGGCGACCGUGAUUCGAUUACGCUCUUUGGCCCGGGUGCUGGUGGAGCCUCUGCCGGUCUGCUGAUGGUGGCGCCAAGGACACGCAAUAUAGUGAAGCGAGUGAUCGCCCAGUCAGGAUCAGCACUAGCGGAUUGGGCCCUGAUCCAGGACAAGUACAGGGCAAUGAACACGAGUCGAGUACUUGGCCAGGUCCUAGGCUGCUCCAUCGAAUCGUCAUGGAAGCUGGUGAACUGCCUGCGCACUGGCCGCAGCUUCUAUGAGCUGGGAAAUGCCGAGUUUGAUCCCCAGGUGGGCAGUUUUCCUUGGGGUCCAGUGCUGGAUCACAACUUCACGCUGCCCGGCGAUGACUGGUAUGAAGGCUGGAGGGAGCGGGACUGGCGGUUCCUCACCCAAACGCCCGAGACCCUCAUUCGGGCUGGCAAGUUCAACCGUAACAUCCAGUACAUGACGGGAGUGACCACACAGGAGGCAGCCUUCUUUGUGGCCCAAAACGAGUCCCUGGGUCCGUACUAUGAACUCGAUGGACGCUUCUUCGAUCAGAAGAUACGCGAACACGUCUUCCGAUACAACUACACACUGAACCCCAAUGGGGUGUACGAGGCCAUCAAGUACAUGUACACAUUUUGGCCGGAUCCCAAUAAUAACACUAUCAUCCGGGACCAGUACAUCAAUAUGUUGAGCGACCUUUACUACCGGGCACCGGUGGACAAAAUGGUCAAACUGAUGCUCGAGCAGAAGGUGCCAGUGUACAUGUACGUCCUAAAUACCACUGUUGAAGCUCUAAACCUGCCACAAUGGCGCAAAUAUCCACACGACAUCGAACGAUAUUUCCUCACCGGUGCCCCCUUCCUGGACACCGAGUUCUUCCCCAAGAAGGAGCACCUGCAGCGCAACAUGUGGACGGAUAACGAUCGCAACAUGAGCCACUUCUUCAUGCAGACCUACUCGAACUUUGCCAGAUACGGCAAUCCGACGCCCCAACAGGUCCUGGGCAUGCACUACCAGCGGGCCUAUCAGGGCGAAAUUCGUUACCUAAACAUCAACACCACUUUCAACUCCUCCAUCCUUCUCAACUAUCGGCAGACGGAGUGUGCCUUCUGGACUCAGUAUCUGCCCACGGUGAUCGGGGUCCUGGUGCCCACAUAUCCGCCCACCACAGAGUAUUGGUGGGAACCCAAGGAGCCUCUGCAGAUUGCCUUCUGGAGCAUGUCGGUAACCUGCUUCUUCCUCAUCGUGCUGGUGGUCAUCUGUUGCAUCAUGUGGCGUAAUGCCAAGAGACAAUCCGAUCGCUUCUAUGACGAGGACGUCUUCAUAAACGGCGAGGGCAUUGAGCCAGAGCCGGAAGCUCGGGGCGUGGACAAUGCCCACAUGGUGACCAACCACCAUGCCCUGAGGUCCCGGGACAACAUCUACGAGUAUCGUGACUCACCAUCCUCCAAGACACUAGCCAGUAAGGCGCACACGGAUACCACCUCGCUGCGCUCGCCCAGCUCACUGGCCAUGACCCAAAAGUCCAGCAGCCAGGCAUCCCUCAAGUCGGGCAUCUCCCUGAAGGAGACCAAUGGCAGCCUGGUAAAGUCCAAUGAGCGGGCAGCGACGCCGCGAUCCCAGCCAAAUGGAAAUGGCAACGGACCAGCGGUCAAGGCAGCGGCAUCUGUGGAGGAGAAGCGUCUGCUGCAGCCCCUCUCCAGCACACCGGUGCCCCAGCUCCAGGCGGAGCCAGCGAAACGGGUCCCAGCAGCGGCCAGUGUCUCCGGCAGCAGUCGAAGCACAACGCCCGUGCCCUCCGCCCGGAGCACCACCCACACCACGACAGCCACGUUGAGCUCACAGCCAGCGGCACAGCCCAGACGCACCCAACUGGUGGAAGGUGUGCCGCAGACAUCCGUCUAAGUAACCGCUCUCUAAGCGCGGGAUGCGCUUAGAGAGUACGCCGAAUCGUCCAAUCACACAGCCUGGAACCAGGAAGUAAAAAAGCAGAUCUUUCUGGGAAUCCAAUUUAACAAAAUUUUUGCAUAAAUUAUAUUCUAAGUUUAUGUUUUAGGACGUUUUUUCAAACAGAUCUUUAAGAUCUCAGUUUUAAGUUGUAAGUUUUAGAAACCAAUUUUCUUAAGUUUCUUAAGUUCACUGUAAGUUUUUUUAAGUUCGAUAACCCAACGAAUACAAAUCCAUAUCAGACAUUCCAUAGCCUUAGAAUUGACCAUUAAGUGUACAUAUAAAAUAAGUUUUAAUAAAUAUAUGUAAAUUAGAAAUGUUUAGAUAAGCUUAAGGCAAAUAAUUGUUCAUAUAAAAAAGGUCAUUUCAAAGAGAUUAGCUAGACAAAGUUUGUAUUGAAGUUUAUUCUAAUAUUCUGUAACUAAAAUUAUAAUAUUAAGACGAUACACAUAAUACAAAAUCAUAAUUUCUGUAUAUUUAUAUUAAUCAGAAGCAAUUCCCUGCUCUCUGUUAUAUCGAAUCAAAUCAUCAUAUAAAGAGAACAAAACGUUGAGCUAAACUAAUAAUGACAAAAAUUAAAUAAAAUAUAUUUAAAUUA